AUGAGAGGUUCAGAGAAGCAUCCAUUCCUUGAGGAACUGGCCGACCCAGACCUCCGAGCCUCUCGGAUCUGUCGAUCGUUAGCGAAAACACGACGUGCUGAAACCCGCUUUUCGCCAGGGCUGUUUUCUGAUGCUUUCCUAACUCUCCCUUUUGCUGUUCACAGAGAGCGAGGACGUGUACCAGCGCCAGGUGCUGUCCAUUUCCUGCAUCGCCUUCGCCAUAGUCGUAGUGGGCAUGCUUUGUGCAGCGUUCUACUUCAGAACAAAGUUAAUCAAGAAAGUGCUGGAAGUGUUAGCAACAGACGAAGAGUACAAACAAAGCAAAUUCAUGAACAGCUGAAAGAAACACAGAAUAGGAAAACCUACAGCCUAAAUGCUUCCAGCAUGAUGGCAAAGUCGGAGUGUAUGGCACAAAGCCAAGUCCAGCUGCAAAAUUAUUCAAAACCAGACAGGCAUCCGGGGCCUAUUCUGCACAAGGUUAUGGAGUCUAGUUUUUCAGGCCCUCAGUCUUUCCCAGAGGCCUUGUCUCCUGACAGAGGAACUCAGCCCAUCAAGCAACACAGAAGUCUCUCUUCAUGCUGCAGCCCAGGACAGAAAAGUGGGAUGCUCCAUCGAAAUGCCUUUCGGAGGACUCCUCCCUUGCCUCGGGGUAGGUUCAAUGGAAUUACAGGACCAGCAUAUCAACAGCUAGAAGAGUCAAGGAUCACAGACCAGGACACAAUACCUUGUCACGGGUAUUCAUCCAGUGGUUUAAAAACUCCUCAGAAUACUUCAAUAAAUAUGCAACUGCCUUCAAGAGAGACAACCCCAUAUUUUAAUAACGUGGAUCAGAAGGACUUGGUCGGCUAUUCAUCUUCAAGGGCCAACUCCGUUCCCAUCAUCCCGUCUGUGGGCUUGGACGAAGCCUGCAUGCAAAUGCAAAACGUUUCUGAAGUAACAGGCAUCAAAUGGUGCAAAAACUCCUAUUCCGCUGAACUUGUCAAUGUGAGUUCCCCUGUCAGUAAUUGUCUUAUAGCAGAACAACACGAAGUGAAAGUAUUGCUAGAAACUGUGCAGGAGCAGAUCCGGAUUCUGACGGACGCGCGGCGGUCGGAGGACUAUGACCUGGCGAGCGCGGACGCAGAGAGCAGCGCGAGUGAAAACACGGCCUUUCUGCCCAUGAGCCCCUUGGCCAAGUCGGAGCGAGAGGCGCAGUUUGUCUUAAAAAACGAAACGCAAAGAGACUCAGUAUUGACCAAGUGACUUCGUGUGGGGGUUGUGGGAGGGGAAAUGAGAGAUCUGUGCGCUCGAUGCUUUGCUAAACAGGAAGGGAGGAAGUUAAAUACAAAUUAUUUAUAUGCAUUAAUUUAAGAGCAUCUACUUAGAAGAAACCAAAUAGUCAAUCGCCCUCAUAUCAUAGUGUUUUUUAACAAAAUAUUUUUUUAAGGGAAAAGUUCCAGGAGGGAUGAAGCGUGCAUCAGGUGCUUUCUAGGCAGGAUUACACAGUUUCAGUUACAGAGGAUUUUACCAUGGUCCCGUUCAACUGUCCAAAGUCUUAGGCUAUGCAUCUUCUUUUCAGUAAAGUCCAAGACCAUUCUUAGAUGCAUUUGUGGUUUCAGAGCAGUGCUGCAGCGAGCUACUGGCCAGGGAUUCAGACCCUGGGGACCAAGUCCCGUGAGCCCAGCACAGGUCCAAUCCCCUCUCCCCCUCUCCUCUUGAUUCCAGGUUCAUACCACAGAAACAGGCACACAGAUUCCUACUUCUGAGUUCUGGUACCUGCUGUGGAAUGAGGACAUCCCUAAACUGAACAUAUUCUUAACUCUUGACCUUAAUUUGAUGUGUCGGUCAGCCAAGAAAGUCAAUGGAAUCAUUGAGGAGCUCUGGGUUUUGCCAAGCGUGGAGAGGGAUUGGGUUCUGUAGAGAUUCAGUGGUCAGAAGCCGGUGGCUGCUCCAUCUUCUGAGCUUUGCCUACCAGAGCUGCCUUGGUGGAGAGUUAGGAAGAACAAGGGAAAAUGCAGAAGUGUGUAUUACAACAGGUGUGGUUUUGGUUUCUGACUUGGGUUUUUUUUGAGUGGCACCAUAAACUCUGUUGUUCGUUAGCAUCCCUAAACAUUUCUAAACUUUUACACUUUGAAGGCAUUUGUAAGCUCUCAAGGAGCACUUCUUGGUGUCUGUGUAUAUUUUUUUUUAACUUACCUUUUAUUAUGGGUUGUUCAGAGAAGAGUCAGGGAGAUCCAAUAUGAUCAAAAUCCAGCUGAUAAGUGUUCACUAUGCCUAAUUUGUUCCUGCAUUCAGUUCUCCAGUUACUUUAAUUAAUUAUGGCUUAGGCUUGUGAACUUUAAAGUUUCAACCCUGCAGAUGAUUCAGUAUGGACAGACCUGCAGGCAUGCACAGAUCUGAGUCUAAUGGGGCUGUAUAAGAGCAGAUGGUUUCCACCAAGUCACUCCCUGCAGGGGAUCAAGGUCUUAGAGAAGAAGUGUCAUUACCUGGCUGCUGUAUCCCAGUCACAUUAUAGCACUUUUUCCAUUAUCUUUCUUUUUAGUCCCUCUUUCCCCCAGAAAUUGUAACAAAAUAUGCCAAUAGUGCAAUGAGUUGGGUUUGGUGACACAUAUUACUGGUUUUAUUGGUAUUAAAAUAUCUGCUUAUUCUUGGGGGGAAAAGUCAACUAUAAUAAAUAAUUGCGAAAGCCUUCCCUGGUUAAUGUCAGAAGAUUGAUUUUAAAAAAACAGUAUAUACAGAAUGUAUUUAAACAUUCCUUUGCAGCAAAUUAAUGGUUAAAUUUAUUAAUGUGCCCCAGACUUUCUAGUUCACAAGUCUCAAGACUUCCCAAAAUAGCACAAUCGAUCACGCUGUGCUGUUGUAUGUUGAGUCAGAAUAAAGCAAUAUUUUAACCUCUGUCAAGUAAAUUUGGAAAAGAAAUGCUGAAGGUGUAUGUCAUUUUUUUUGUUAAGGCAGUAAAAAAAAAUUAACAGUCUUCAUUCAGCAAGUCUUAUUUUGGGUUCCUUUUGUGGUUUUGAUUUCGGGGUUUCUUUUAAAGAUAAAGUUGAUGAAAUUGUCUUGUUUACAGAACUUUCUAUGGCUGUAAUCUUUGCUGUGUGUUUUCAGUAGAAAUAUAUUUGAGGGCAAACUGUUGUUCUGUGCCCCAGGAUGGAGCCUGUCUUGUUUGGACUCCCUUCUGCAAAGACACAGAGCUUUUGUUGUAUCAGUGAGGUGGAUCGCCAUGAGGUUUGGUCUCACCCUGAUGUUUUUCUGCUGUAUGUUGUGGCUGGGCACAGUCUCACUGUGUGAAUUGAGCUGACUGUGGUGGGUGUGGUCCCACGCCCACACUAGAUAAAUCCUCUGAAAGACAGGGUGUAUUAGGUGGGGCUCAGCUUUGCAUCCCUACAGUCAUAUGACUUUUCUGUUAACAGCGUUUACAUCCCACCAUCUGAGGGCAUGAGCAAAGUGAGCUUGCUUCUGCCCAUAAGCCCUGUGAACA